AUCCUGGUGGACAGUGUUGUGGGUGUGGUGACUCACUUUUAUAUUAUCCUAUGAUAAUACGUAUUACGACGCAAUAAGACGUAUUCUACAUUGAAUAUUAAUUUCUAAACUUGUUUGAUCGAACAACACGAUAAUAUUAUUACUAGGAGAUAAAAUUGAUUUACUAUUUUACUGUGUCGAAAAUCGUCGGGAGAUCAUGUCGACAUAUCCAUCUGAAAAAAGACUUCUAAAGGAACUAAGAUUCUUUGUCGAUGAACCACCGGAGGGAAUGUGUGUUGAUGGCGAAGAAACCGAACAAAAUCUUAAACUUUGGAUUGUAUAUAUGAAUGGUGCUGAAGGUACUUUAUUUGAAGGCGAAAAGUUUAAACUACAAUUCAAGUUUGAUGGAACAUAUCCUUUUGAGGCACCUGAAGUUACAUUUGUAGGCGAUAACAUUCCAGUCCAUCCACACAUAUAUAGUAAUGGCCAUAUAUGUUUAUCUAUUCUUUCUGAUGAUUGGUCACCAGCAUUAACUGUUCAGGCUAUCUGUGUUUCAAUUAUAUCUAUGCUGAGCAGCUGCAAAAGAAAGGAAAGACCUGAAGAUGAUCGCAAGUACAUACGUAGUUUGCGCGACAAAGAUCCAACAUACACAAAAUGGAAUUUUUAUAAUGAUAAGAUAUGAAGUACUGACUAUCAAUUCUAUUAAUUUUUUGUUUAUUAUUAUUAUUCAAGAAGAUGUCUCACUGAAUAUGUUCGUAAUAUAUUCUAAUUUAGUGACUCUUGCAGUGUUCAUAUUUUUAUUGCAAUUAAAUGUACUCACUUUAACAAAUUUAUUAAUUGUACCCAGAUUAUU